AUGUCGAGUGAUGAUAAAAAUAAAUCUAGUGACCCCAAGAAUGAGCCCAAGAACUGUGAUCCCAGAUGUGAACAAAAGUGUGAGGCCAAAUGCCAACCCAGCUGUUUAAAGAAGCUUCUGCAACGGUGCUCUGAGAAGUGUCCACGGGAGAAGUGCCCACCACCACCAAAGUGCCCACCAUGCCCCUCGCUGUGCCCCCCACCGUGCCCUCCUCCAUGCCCAGCUCCCUCCCCUCCCAAGCCCUGUGCCAAGCCCUGUCCUCCUAAAUGCCCACCACCCUGCCCACCCCCAGAGUGA